AUGGACCAAGUCCAGGCGGCUUUCUGGGCUGCACCUCCGGUAUCUCGCACCAUCACAGCUCUGACGUUGGUUCAGUCCAUCCUUGUCUAUGGCGGCGUGCUCAAUGGAUAUUAUGUUGUCUUUUUGCCGAGCCACGUCUUCAAGCUACUUCCGCAAAUCUGGCGUCUAGCAACCCCUUUCCUACUAACCGGACCACAGCUCAGCUUUUUCUUUGAUCUCUAUUUCAUGUACCACUAUGGCAGCCAGCUGGAAAACUCAGCUCGGUUCAGUCAGCCUGGAGAUUUCUUAAUCUACGUGGUCUUUGUAGCAUUUUCGAUUAUGCUUACUGCAGGUUGCGUCCUGGGUGGAGUGGUUUUCACAUCGGCAUUGAUCCUGGCUUUCAUCUACACCAUGGCUCAGGACAACCGGGGCAAGAGAGCCACGUUGUGGUUUAUUGAGAUCCCUAUGGAGUAUCUACCUUGGGCGAUGCUUGUGAUUACCCUGGUUAUGAGUGGGUGGCAGAGAACCCUGAUGGAGGCUACUGGAAUCGCGGCUGCUCAUCUCUUUGACUUUCUCACCCGCAUUUACCCAACUUUCGGUGGUGGCCGGAACUACCUCACUGCUCCUGCUGCUGUGCAGCGUUUCUUUGCCAAACACAACCCCAGGCUUGGGCACCGUGGAUAUGGUACUGCAUUCCGUCCACAAGCAUCUCAGUCCCCGCAGCCCUCCCAAAACUCCCAGUCGACUCGGGGCUGGACAUCUUCGAUUCAGAACCCUUGGGGUGGCCGAGGUGCGGGCCGACGACUUGGUGGCGAUUAA